GAAAGCGGCCAGACAUGGAUACCGGAGAAAACGGUGGCGGCAGCGCAUGCGCCAGCAACGCCAACAGCAUGAAGAGGACGCUGAAGUGCGUGGUGGUCGGGGACGGCGCCGUCGGGAAGACCUGUUUGCUGAUGAGUUACGCCAACGACGCCUUCCCCGAGCAGUACGUCCCGACCGUAUUCGAUCAUUAUGCCGUAAGUGUGACCGUCGGAGGGAAACAGUAUCUUCUGGGACUCUACGACACAGCAGGCCAGGAAGACUACGAUCAGCUGAGGCCUCUGUCGUAUCCCAACACGGACGUGUUCCUGCUCUGUUUCUCCGUCGUGAAUCCUGCCUCCUAUCACAAUGUCCGGGAAGAAUGGGUCUCGGAACUCAGAUCCCGGAUGCCGCACAUACCCUAUUUACUCAUAGGAACACAGAUUGAUCUACGGGACGACCCUAAGACCUUGGCGCGGCUUCUUCAUAUGAAGGAAAAACCAAUAACUCAUGAACAAGGAAUGAAACUGGCAAAAAUGAUCGGAGCCCAAUGCUACCUGGAGUGUUCCUCCCUGACCCAGAAGGGUCUGAAGAACGUGUUUGACGAAGCGAUCCUCACCGUCUUCAACCCAAAGAAGAAGAAAAGCCGCUGCGUCAAAUGUCGCAAUUCUUGCACCGUUGUAUGAGAUCGGCCAACCGCGGAUGAGCGGCGCCCGGGGACGCACGCUGCAUGACGCCGCAGGGUUAUUCAUUCAUUUUGUACCUGGGUAGACGUGUAUUUUCCUAGAAAAUUAGUGUAAAUAAAGAAUUUUAGCAUUUACAGCGGAAAA